UCUAUUCGCAGCUGCUCUAUCGCUUCCAUGAUCCACUCCAGUCCGGAUUUGGAAAGGAAAGGAACAGCUGCUGUAACGUUUUAGCAAUUUCAGGGGAGAAGGAGCAUUGGUGAGACAUGCGGGGUCUAGUGGAGUCGCUCCAGCAGCAUUGGAGACUGGACAAACAGCAGCAGCAGGAGUAGAGGAUCAUGGCCGAGGACUAUUGGGAGAGCGCGGCUGCUUUGGGAUAGUAUUACUGCUGUUAAGAUUACACGAGCAACACACACUCAUUUACACAAGCUCACACGGAUCUCAACUCCACGGGGCGGUUGAACAGUGGCAGCCCCUCCACCCCCCUCAUCUCGGCCCCCCAUACCCCCACUGAUGGACCGCAUGAGGAAGAUCAAACGGCAGCUGUCCUUGACGCUGCGAGGGGGGAACAGUGGGGGCAAGACCUUGAGCGAGACCAUCAGCUCUCAGGACACAGGAGCACACAGUGAUUCCGAGGCCAUGCCAGUUGGCGGCAGUGGUGGUCUGCGGGGUUCAGUGAGAGGUUCGGGGGGUUCCUUCAGCAUGCACUCCCUCCUGCAGUCCUACAGCAGCGCCCUGCGCAGACCACGCACCCUGGGACGCAGUCUCAGCUCCUAUCUCAACCACACCACGCGCCUCGAAAUCGUCCAUGAGGAUGUAAAAAUGGGUUCAGAUGGAGAAAGUGAUCAGGCUUCGGCCACAUCCUCUGAUGAGGUGCACAGUCCCGUCCGAGUUCGUCUGAGAAACAACCCCGGUCGCAAAAUUUCCACAGAGGACAUAAACAAACGUCUGUCUCUGCCUGCCGAUAUCAGGCUUCCUGAUGGCUACCUGGAGAAAUUCAGCCUCAACAGCCCCCUGUUUGACAAACCACUCAGCCGGAGAUUACGCAGAGUAUCGCUGUCCGAGAUUGGAUUUGGGAAGUUGGAGACGUAUGUAAAACUGGAUAAACUAGGAGAGGGCACCUACGCUACAGUAUAUAAAGGCCGCAGUAAGUUGACGGAUAACCUGGUGGCUCUGAAAGAGAUCCGUUUGGAGCACGAGGAAGGAGCUCCGUGCACUGCCAUUAGAGAAGUGUCUCUGCUGAAGGACCUGAAACACGCCAAUAUUGUGACUCUUCAUGACAUCAUCCACACUCAGAAGUCUCUUACACUCGUGUUCGAGUACUUGUUGGACAAUGAUGGAGUUGAGCUUCUGUCGAAACUGCUGCAGUUUGAGGGGAAGAAACGGAUCGCAGCAGAGGAAGCCAUGAGACACCCAUACUUCCACUGCCUGGGAGAGAGAAUUCUCACACUGCCAGACACUACAUCAAUAUUUGCACUUCAAGAAGUUCAGCUGGAGAAGGAGCCUGGAAUGAGGACGAAUACUCUGUCAGAAUCAGUCAACAGCAUAUCUCAACGGCAGAGUCUGCUCUUCUGAGGGCACGUGGGGCAGCUCGGGACAGGGAAGACGGAAAAGAUAAACGGGGAGGACGCGUCGAGACGUUUCCUGUCGUGAAGAUGAAGGGGAUAUCUGUUUUUCAUUUCUCCGUCUGAGUCAUUGGCUAGUCCUGUGGCAUUAUGUGUUUAGAAGGGGUCACUGUAGUUGUUUACAUGGAGAGGCUGAGGAUGUUGAUUUGUGUAUUUGGAAUAAUGCACUUCCCCUUCCCUGUUCACAUUACAAACAUGUUCUUCCUGUUUUGCUGUACCUUCUCGACACGGUUGCUUCAAUCCAGCCGCUGUACUCAACCAAUCAGACGCAGAAUGUUAUUGGAUGACCUGACUCUUCAUCCUUUGACUGAAACAAAUCAGCCUGGUUUCUUUGCAAUACUUCUCAAUUGUAAUGUAAAAGGAAGGCCAGUUUAUGAAGGAACGUGUCAUGAAUGCUGUUAAUAUCCAGAAGCCAAGUCACUCUAGUCUUCCAGAAAAUGGUCCCCUUCAUUAGUGUCAUCAGCCCUCCCAUCCAAAGACGAACAUUUAGUACUAUGCCAACACAAUGGUUAUUUGUAUUCAUUAGAACAUUGACGACAUGUCAACUUUUGUUUUUGUUUGCAAAAGCAUUUCACUUUUAAGUUGUUGUUUACAUGUUUUUUGCCAUGCAAUACAGGUUGAUAAUCUAGAAAACGGUUUCACCAAAGACCCCCAUGCCAUCUCUCUAUCCCUUUUGGUUUGACUUAUGAGCUUCCAUUUCCAUCGUGAUGUUCAAGUGAACCCUCGAUUAGCUACACUGUGUCAAGGACAAAUUAUUUGUGCAAAGCAACUUAGAACGUUUGAGUUGCAUUGAGGAAAGCCUCCGAUAAUCUCGACGCAGCCUUGUUGAUAGUUCUUCCAUUACUGCAGCUCUUACGGCUGUCACUCUGGUUGAAAACUGAGCUGAUUUCUAUGUCGGUUCAGUCAGGGCGAUGAGAACUCAUAAUGGGAUGCCCGGGCACAUGCGGAGAACCGGUCGAAUUGUAUAGGGCUCAGGUUUCUGACACUCUGCAGAACAGCUGAGUGCGGUGGAUAAUGUUCUGCAUCUCGGCUCGGUUGUUCAUACUCCGCAGGUUUUGGAGCGCAUUGGUGUCGCGUAACACACCGCAGAUUCAAAACGCUACCGUCCCUUGCCGUGUGCGAUUCAGGGCCUCUCUGCACAAUGUCUGCGAUUAUACAGUCCCACAAAUGUGAUUAUUGGGUGAAUCUCUGGAAAAAAGAAAAAAAAAAGAGUCAAGGUGAUAUUUCACCCCGAAAGUACGAGAAAAAUAAUACAUUUGAUUUAUUAUAAAGUAGCCAAUUUUUUAGGACUAUUAAUCUCUUUUUUUUUGCAUUGUGACAUCAUCAGCAAUUAGU